CAGCAGCCUCUGCUCACUUCCCCCCCACCCCCGUCCUUUCCCUCUGUCCCUUUGUCCCUCCACCGUCCCUCCAUCAUGGGGUCCACCUUGGGUCCCAGGCUGCUGCUGCUGCUCCUGACCAGCCUCCCCCUAGCCCUGGGGGAUCCCAUUUACACCAUGAUCACCCCCAACGUCCUGCGUCUGGAGAGUGAGGAGAUGGUGGUGCUGGAGGCCCACGAAGGGCAAGGGGAUAUUCGGGUUUCGGUCACCGUCCAUGACUUCCCGGCCAAGAGACAGGUGCUGUCCAGCGAGACCACGACGCUGAACAACGCCAACAACUACCUGAGCACCGUCAACAUCAAGAUCCCGGCCAGCAAGGAGUUCAAAUCAGAGAAGGGGCACAAGUUCGUGACCGUUCAGGCGCUCUUUGGGAACGUCCAGGUGGAGAAGGUGGUGCUGGUCAGCCUUCAGAGCGGGUACCUCUUCAUCCAGACGGACAAGACUAUCUACACCCCAGGCUCCACGGUCCUCUAUCGGAUCUUCACCGUUGACCACAAGCUGCUGCCCGUGGGCCAGACCAUUGUCGUCACCAUUGAGACCCCUGAAGGCAUUGACAUCAAACGGGACUCCCUGUCAUCCCACAACCAGUUUGGCAUCUUGGCUUUGUCUUGGAACAUCCCAGAGCUGGUCAACAUGGGGCAGUGGAAGAUCCGAGCCCACUAUGAGGAUGCUCCCCAGCAAGUCUUCUCUGCUGAGUUUGAGGUGAAGGAAUAUGUGCUGCCCAGUUUUGAGGUCCAAGUGGAGCCUUCAGAGAAAUUCUACUACAUCGAUGACCCAAAUGGCCUAACUGUCAACAUCAUUGCCAGGUUCUUGUACGGGGAGAAUGUGGAUGGAACAGCUUUCGUCAUCUUUGGGGUCCAGGACGGUGACCAGAGGAUUUCAUUGUCUCAGUCCCUCACCCGUGUUCCGAUCAUCGAUGGGACAGGGGAAGCCACGCUGAGCCAAGGGGUCUUGCUGAACGGAGUACAUUAUUCCAGUGUCAAUGACUUGGUGGGAAAAUCCAUAUAUGUAUCUGUCACUGUCAUUCUGAACUCAGGCAGCGACAUGGUGGAGGCAGAGCGCACCGGGAUCCCCAUCGUGACCUCCCCCUAUCAGAUCCACUUCACCAAGACCCCCAAGUUCUUCAAACCCGCCAUGCCCUUCGACCUCAUGGUGUAUGUGACGAACCCCGACGGCUCCCCUGCCCGCCACAUCCCGGUGGUGACCGAGGACUUCAAAGUGAGGUCUUUAACCCAGGAGGACGGUGUGGCCAAACUGAGCAUCAACACACCCGACAACCGGAAUUCCCUGCCCAUCACCAUACGCACUGAGAAGGACGGUAUCCCAGCUGCACGACAGGCAACCAAGACCAUGCACGUCCUACCCUACAACACCCAGGGUAACUCCAAGAACUACCUCCACCUCUCUGUGCCCCGCGUGGAGCUCAAGCCAGGGGAGAAUCUCAAUGUUAACUUCCACCUGCGCACGGACCCCGGCUACCAAGACAAGAUCCGAUACUUUACCUACCUGAUCAUGAACAAAGGCAAGCUGUUGAAGGUGGGACGCCAGCCUCGAGAGUCUGGCCAGGUCGUGGUGGUGCUGCCCUUGACCAUCACGACGGACUUCAUCCCUUCCUUCCGCCUGGUGGCUUAUUACACCCUGAUUGCUGCCAACGGCCAGAGGGAGGUGGUGGCCGAUUCCGUAUGGGUGGAUGUCAAGGACUCAUGUGUGGGCACGCUGGUGGUAAAAGGUGGCGGGAAGCAAGAGAAGCAGCAUCGGCCUGGGCAACAGAUGACCCUGGAGAUCCAGGGUGACCGAGGGGCCCGAGUGGGGCUGGUGGCCGUGGACAAGGGCGUGUUUGUGCUGAAUAAGAAGAACAAAUUGACCCAGCGUAAGAUCUGGGAUGUCGUGGAGAAGGCAGACAUUGGUUGCACACCAGGCAGUGGAAAGGACUUUGCCGGCGUCUUCACAGAUGCAGGGCUGGCCUUCAAGAGCAGCAAGGGCCUACAGACCCCCCAGAGGGCAGAUCUUGAGUGCCCGAAACCAGCCGCCCGCAAACGCCGUUCCGUGCAGCUCAUGGAGAAAAGGAUGGACAAACUGGGUCAGUACAGCAAGGAGCUGCGCAGAUGCUGCGAGCAUGGCAUGCGGGACAACCCCAUGAGGUUCUCGUGCCAGCGCCGGGCUCAGUUCAUCCAGCAUGGUGAUGCCUGCGUGAAGGCCUUCCUGGACUGCUGCGAAUACAUCACAAAGCUGCGGCAGCAGCACAGCCGCAACAAGCCCCUGGGGCUGGCCAGGAGUGAUCUGGAUGAAGAAAUAAUCCCAGAGGAAGACAUCAUUUCCAGAAGCCAGUUCCCCGAGAGCUGGCUGUGGACCAUUGAGGAGUUUAAAGAACCAGACAAAAAUGGAAUCUCCACCAAGACCAUGAAUGUGUUUUUAAAAGACUCCAUCACCACUUGGGAGAUUCUGGCUGUGAGCUUGUCAGACAAGAAAGGGAUCUGCGUGGCUGACCCCUAUGAGGUUGUGGUGAAGCAAGAUUUCUUCAUCGACCUGCGUCUCCCCUACUCCGUUGUGCGCAAUGAGCAAGUGGAGAUCCGAGCUAUCCUCUAUAACUACAGGGAGGCAGAGGAUCUCAAGGUCAGGGUGGAACUGCUCUACAAUCCAGCCUUCUGCAGCCUGGCCACCGCCAAGAAGCGCCACCAACAGACUCUAACGGUCCCAGCCAAGUCCUCAGUGCCUGUGCCUUACAUCAUUGUGCCCUUGAAGACUGGCCUCCAGGAGGUGGAGGUCAAGGCCGCCGUCUACAACCACUUCAUCAGUGAUGGUGUCAAGAAGACCCUGAAGGUCGUGCCAGAAGGAAUGAGAGUCAACAAAACUGUGGUCACUCGCACACUGGAUCCAGAACAUAAGGGCCAAAACGGAGUGCAACGAGAGGAAAUCCCACCUGCGGAUCUCAGCGACCAAGUCCCAGACACGGAGUCAGAGACCAAGAUCCUCCUGCAAGGGACCCCGGUGGCCCAGAUGGUAGAGGAUGCCAUCGACGGGGACCGGCUGAAGCACCUCAUCCAAACCCCCUCCGGCUGUGGGGAGCAGAACAUGAUCGGCAUGACGCCCACAGUCAUCGCUGUGCACUACCUGGACAGCACCGAACAGUGGGAGAAGUUCGGCCUGGAGAAGAGGCAGGAAGCCUUGGAGCUCAUCAAGAAGGGGUACACCCAGCAACUGGCCUUCAGACAAAAGAACUCAGCCUUUGCCGCCUUCCAGGGCCGGCCGUCCAGCACCUGGCUGACAGCCUAUGUGGUCAAAGUCUUCGCUAUGGCAACCAACCUCAUCGCCAUCGACUCCCAGGUCCUCUGUGGGGCCGUCAAAUGGCUGAUCCUGGAGAAGCAGAAGCCUGAUGGAGUCUUCGAGGAGAAUGGGCCCGUGAUACACCAAGAAAUGAUUGGUGGCUUCAAGAACACUGAGGAGAAAGAUGUGUCCCUGACAGCCUUUGUUCUCAUCGCGCUGCAGGAGGCUAAAGACAUCUGCGAACCACAGGUCAAUAGCCUGUUGCGCAGCAUCAAUAAGGCAAGCGACUUCCUCGCAGACUACUACCUAGAAUUAAAAAGACCAUAUACUGUGGCCAUUGCUGGUUAUGCCCUGGCUCUAUCUGACAAGCUGGAUAAGCCCUUCCUCAACAAACUUCUGAGCACAGCCAAAGAAAGGAACCGCUGGGAGGAACCUGGCCAGAAGCUCUACAACGUGGAGGCCACAUCCUACGCCCUCUUGGCUCUGCUGGUACUCAAAGACUUUGACUCUGUCCCUCCUAUUGUGCGCUGGCUCAAUGAGCAGAGAUACUACGGAGGUGGCUACGGAUCUACCCAGGCCACUUUCAUGGUGUUCCAAGCCUUGGCCCAAUACCAGAAGGAUGUCCCUGAUCACAAGGAUCUGAACCUGGAUGUGUCCAUCCACCUGCCCAGCCGCAGCUCUCCAGUCAGGCAUCGUAUCCUCUGGGAAUCUGCUAGCCUUCUGCGGUCAGAAGAGACAAAAGAAAAUGAGAGAUUCACAUUAACAGCUGAAGGGAAAGGGCAAGGCACCUUGUCGGUGGUGACCAUGUACCACGCCAAGACCAAAGGCAAAACCACCUGCAAGAAGUUCGACCUCACGGUUUCCAUACAUCCAGCCCCUGAACCAGUCAAGAAGCCUCAGGAAGCCAAGAGCUCCAUGGUCCUUGACAUCUGUACCAGGUACCUUGGAAACCAGGAUGCCACUAUGUCAAUCCUGGAUAUAUCCAUGAUGACUGGCUUCUCUCCUGAUACUGAAGACCUCAAACUGCUGAGCACUGGUGUGGACAGAUACAUCUCUAAGUAUGAGCUGAACAAAGCCCUCUCCAACAAAAACACCCUCAUCAUCUACCUGGACAAGAUCUCACACACCCUGGAGGACUGUAUAUCCUUCAAAGUUCACCAGUACUUUAAUGUGGGGCUUAUACAGCCUGGGUCAGUCAAGGUGUACUCCUAUUACAACCUGGAUGAGUCUUGCACCCGGUUCUACCACCCGGAGAAGGAGGACGGGAUGCUGAACAAACUCUGCCACAAAGAAAUGUGUCGCUGUGCUGAGGAGAACUGCUUCAUGCACCAUGACGAAGAGGAGGUCACCCUGGACGACCGGCUGGACAGGGCCUGCGAGCCCGGCGUGGACUAUGUGUACAAGACCAGACUUCUCAAGAAGGAGCUGUCAGAUGACUUUGACGAUUACAUCAUGGUCAUCGAGCAGAUCAUCAAAUCAGGCUCCGAUGAAGUGCAGGUUGGACAGGAGCGCAGGUUCAUCAGCCACAUCAAAUGUAGAGAAGCCCUCAAACUAAAGGAGGGGGGACACUACCUUGUGUGGGGAGUCUCCUCCGACCUGUGGGGAGAGAAACCCAACAUCAGCUACAUCAUUGGGAAGGACACCUGGGUGGAGCUGUGGCCUGAUGCUGAUGUAUGCCAAGAUGAGGAGAACCAGAAACAGUGCCAGGACCUGGCCAACUUCUCUGAGAACAUGGUCGUCUUUGGUUGCCCCAACUGAUGCCACUCCCCCACAGUCUACCCAAUAAAGCUCCAGUUAUCUUUCA